UUUCGUUAUACAUCAUCUAUUCAACUGUCUCCUGUAGUAAAUCAGUAAAUCAUGUCAGACCCGAUGGAUCUUUCCCUUGAGGAUAUCAUUUCCGCAAAAUCCCGUGGAAGGGGGGGACGCGGACGAGGACGCAGGAACCUCAGAGGUCCAGGGCGGCGGAAUAACGCUGAUGGGGAAGACGUAGCGUUUUCAGUGACCAACACGCUCUCGCGCUCGCCAAGAACUGGACGCGGAGGACGCAACCGAAAUGCAGAUAAGCCGUAUGCUCGGGGAAAUGUUGAGGGGCAGUGGAAACACGAUCUUUUCGAUGGUCCGAAUGCGCAGCGGGGUAGAACUGUUUUAGGAACUGCGAGAGGAGGUAGCAGCGAGAGUACGCGCAUUCGCAUUGAAAACUUGCAUUGGAAUGUUACGGAAGCGGACAUCUGGGAACUUAUGGGCUCGCUCGGUCAUCCGGUGAAGAAUGUCAAGAUUUUCUACGACAAUGCUGGCCGGUCGGAAGGUAAUGCCGAAGUGACCUUUGAAACUCUCGAAGCCGCACAGGUUGCCAUCGAUACGUUCGACGAACGAGAACUCGACGGAAUGAAGAUGAAGAUUACUUUAUUGGAACGAAGCGGCCGGGGCGGCUCAGGAAAAGUUACAAGUCGCCUUGGGCCUAAAUCCCAGGGGAGCAUUUUAUCGCGGUUAGGUCAAAAGUUGGAAGACCGGCUUGGACCUAGAGUAGGAAACGGGGCUGGGAGGGGUGCUGGUGCCGGUGGUCGUGGACGUGGUCGGGGUAGGGGCCGUCCAACCCCAGCAAGUAAAACUGAUUUGGACGACGAAAUGGAUCGCUAUAUGAGCGGAGAACCCGAACCUGAACAAGGUGCUCCUCCAGCAAAUGGUGGAGGAAUUCAUCGCGACUUGGAUAGACCGAUUGGAGGCGUGCAGCGAGAAAUCAUCAGUUAUGAUGAUGUGGACACACCUGCCGUGAUGCAGGUGUAAAAGUUGGACGAUGUUCUUAGGGUUUUGGCGUGCAGAAUAGUAUUUCUUAUUCAACCAUG